AAGGGUUUACCUGAAGACAAACCACCCUGUUCAUCAGAGACUGGACCAGAGUUCCUCCCUGUGGGCAAUUAAAGAUGCUGUUGUCAUGGAAACAGCUGGUCCUGCUGUCAUUCAUUGGCUGCCUAGGAGGUGAGCUGCUCUUACACGGCCCCGUGUUCGUCAGCGAGCCCAGCGACAGCAUGGUCCCCGUCGGUGCUGAGGACAAGAGAGUCACUUUCAACUGCGAAGCGAGAGGCAACCCUUCCCCUCAGUACAGAUGGCAGCUGAACGGAAGCGAUAUUAACCUGGCCGUGGAGUCUCGUUACGAGCUGAACGGAGGAGACCUGGUGGUCAUUAACCCCCACAGGGAUCGGGACUCAGGGAGUUAUCAGUGCUUCGCUACGAAUCCGCUCGGAACCAUCGUCAGCAGAGAAGCAAAGCUGCAGUUUGCCUAUCUCGAAAACUUUAAAACCAGAAUGCGAAGUGCGGUGUCGGUGCGCGAAGGCCAGGGCGUGGUCUUGCUGUGCGGCCCCCCGCCUCACGCUGGAGAACUAUCCUAUGCAUGGAUCUUCAAUGAAUACCCUUCCUUUGUUGAGGAGGAUGGCCGGAGGUUCAUCUCUCAGGAGACAGGCCACCUCUACGUAGCCAAGGUGGAGCCGUCCGACGUCGGGAACUACACGUGCGUGGUGACGAGCGUGGUGACCGCCGCCAGGGUGCUGGGCUCCCCGACGCCGCUGAUGCUGCGCGCCGACGGUGUGAUGGGCGAAUAUGAACCUAAAAUAGAAGUUCAGUUUCCAGAAACUCUUCCGGCCGCGAAAGGGUCCACCGUGAGGCUGGAAUGCUUCGCCCUCGGGAACCCCGUGCCCCGGAUCACUUGGAGGAGGAGUGACGGGCGGCCUUUCCCCAGUAAAAUUAACUUCCGGAAAUUCGGAGGUGUGCUCGAGAUCCCCGGCUUCGAACAGGAGGACGCAGGCUCCUACGAGUGCCUCGCCGAGAAUUCCCGGGGGAGAAACGUGGCCCGGGGGCGUCUCACUUACUACGCAAAGCCUCACUGGGUCCAGCUCAUCGGCGACGUGGAGGCCGCGGUGGAGGAGAGCCUGCGCUGGGAUUGCCGGGCCGGCGGGAAGCCCAAGCCCUCCUACCGGUGGCUGAGGAACGGGGAGGCCCUGGCGCUGGAGGAGCGGAUCCAGCUGGAGAACGGCGCCCUGAGCAUCGUGAACCUGAGCGUGGCGGACGCGGGCAUGUUCCAGUGCGUGGCAGAGAACAAGCACGGCCUCGCCUACUCCAGCGCCGAGCUCCGGGUGCUGGCCUCCGCUCCGGACUUCUCCGCGACUCCCAUGAAGAAGCUGGUGCGGGCGCAGGUGGGCAGUGUGGUGGGCCUGGACUGCCGACCACGAGCCGCCCCCCGGGCCGUGUGCUCCUGGAAAAGAGGCGAGGUGACCGUGCGGGAGGAUGGAAGAAUUUCUUUCCUAAAAGAUGGAGGGCUCAGCAUCGCCAGUGUGACGAAGGCCGACGCUGGGACGUACACCUGCUUCGCAGAAAACCAGUUCGGGAUGGCCAGUGGCUCCACGCGCCUGGUGGUCACAGACCCCACGAGAAUAACGCUGGCACCAUCGAAUAUGGACGUGUCCGUGGGCGAGAGCGUGGUGCUGCCCUGCCAGGUGCGGCACGACCCCCUGCUGGACGUCGAGUUCACCUGGUACUUCAACGGGGCGCUCGCCGACUUCCAGAAGGACGGCUCUCACCUGGAGAAGGUGGGCGGGAAGCUGGCAGUGAUUGUGGAACCGCAGGGUUCCCCCGGGCCACCAGGAAACGUGCAGGUGGAAGAGAUUACAGACACAACAGCCCAGGUGUCCUGGACAGAAGGCACCGACAACCACAGCCCCAUCACCUCCUAUUCCGUCCAGGCGAGGACCCCUUUCUCCGUGGGCUGGCAGGCCGCCAGGACAGUGCCCGAGGUCAUUGAUGGGAAUACACACACUGCCACUGUAGUCGAGUUAAACCCAUGGGUGGAGUACGAAUUUCGGGUUGUAGCCAGCAACAGAAUCGGAGGUGGAGAACCCAGUUUGCCCUCAGAAAAAGUAAGAACUGAAGAGGCAGUCCCUGAAGUGCCUCCUUCCGAGGUCAGUGGGGGAGGCGGAAGCCGGUCCGAACUGGUGAUAACUUGGGAGCCGGUCCCCGAGGAGCUGCAGAAUGGCGAGGGCUUUGGGUACGUCGUCGCCUUCCGCCCCCUGGGAGUCACCACCUGGAUCCAGACCGUGGUCACGUCCCCCGACGCCCCACGAUACGUGUUCAGGAACGAGAGCAUCGUGCCCUUCGCGCCGUACCAAGUGAAAGUGGGCGUUUACAACAACAAGGGCGAAGGCCCGUUCAGCCCCGUGGCCACCGUGUUCUCGGCAGAGGAAGAACCUACAGCGGCUCCAGCUCACGUCUGGGCCCACAGCCUGUCCUCCUCGGAAAUUGAGGUGUCCUGGAGCGCCAUCCCGUGGAAGCUGAGCAGUGGCCAUCUCCUCGGCUACGAGGUGCGGUACUGGACCAGCGGAGAGGAGGGCUCGCCGCGCAGAGUGAAGGUGGUGGCAGGGGAGACCGCGGCCCGGCUCCACGGCCUGAGGAGCCACCUGGUCUACCACGCAGCCGUCCGGGCUUACAACAGCGCGGGUGCCGGGCCCUUCAGCGCCACGGUGAAUGCCACCACCAAGAAGACGCCGCCCAGCCAGCCGCCGGGAAACGUGGUCUGGAACGCCACGGAUGCCAAGGUGUUCCUGAGCUGGGAGCAGGUCAGAGCCAUGGAGAACGAGUCGGAAGUGACGGGGUACAAGGUGUUCUACAGGACUAGCGGCCAGGGCGGCCUGCAGGUGCUGAGCACAAACCGAACGUCGGCCGAGCUGCGGCUGCCCGUCCAGGAGGGAUACGUCGUCCACGUCCGGGCCACGACGGCCGGAGGGGACGGGGCCAGCAGCGCGCCCGUCAGGAUCCCGAGGAGAACCAGUUCGGACGCCAGGGGCUCCCCGUCGGCCAUCGCCAACGUCCACCCCGUGUCACGCUACCUGCCGGCAGUCCUGUGCGUGGCUCAUGCCCUGUGGUGAUAGCAACUCUUUUUUACUAUUUACUGCAAGUUAAUUGGUUACAAAAAAAAAAAAGUGCUUUCAUGAAAUGCAGUGAUUAUGCAUGGUUUCCCCCCACCCCCAACUCUGUAUUUUUAACUUUCUACGCAGGUAAAAUACAAAUAUAAUUCAAAGACAAGCAGUACAUCCUUUUAGGGGAAUCUGAAAUGCCUUAAUACUUGAUAAACCAAAGGACUUUAUAUAUAUUAUGUAUUUCAGACUUUUGAUACAGAGGGUAUCCCCCCAAAAUUCAACACACACGUUGAAUAACUAUCAAGGCGGUGUUUAUUAAAAUACAUUUCAUUCUCAAAAUGGAGCUAUGGGCUGUGGAAGGGGGGACACCCUAGAGGUGUCUGUAAGCGAUGGUUCUACACACUGCCUGUGGGUGAAGACGCCCAUCCUCCCACGCAGACACGCGUCUGUUUGUUGUGUCUUUUAUUCAUGCAGAGAAGCUCAUUGAGUCCAAAAGUUAGGUUCCCCGCCAGAGCAGCAGUGCUUGGGAGAGUUGGUCAGUGUUAUUUCGAAGGGGUCAAAAACGCCUUUAGAAACUGCCCUGUCCUGAAGAGGGCGCCUGGGAUUCGAAGGAGGGUUGGAAAAUGCUGCCCUGGGGGCCCCAGGGGGGCUGUUUGGCCCCAGUGUCCUAGGGAGGGGGUGGGAUUCUUCCCACCCCACUUUACCCAAAACUCAUCUGUAAACCGUGGGGACCGUCACACCCCCCCCUUACCUGCCUCGGCCCCGGGAAGGACUUGGAACAGAGAAGGAAGGAGGCGUGAGCGGGGCUGCCCGCGCUGUGCAGACCGCAGUGCGAGUGUGUUUACAGCAGAUGCGGGGACCGCGGCGUUUUCACAGCCCGCAGCCCAUUCCAGAGCGGGCUUUUGUUUCAUUCAAAGACGCUGUGAAAUUGGAAGGUUCACACUUUCUCCUCAAAUAUUAAAAAAAUAAUAAUAAGCAUGACUUGUGUCCUUCACGCCUAGGAACAAGUUGCAGCUUUUAUUAAAACCCCGUGGGCAAGAGAAGGAAGGACCUGAAUCUCAACCCAGACAUUAAACAAAAUCCACACGGCUUUUCAUUUCCAAUGUCGGGUUCCAUUAAGAGGCCCUCUCUUUUUUGGGGUGACAGAGACGGGCUUUUUUUUUUCUUAAAUGAAAUCCAACGGUCUAUCUGAGAGAGUCGGGCAGGCUUUUUCGUUCCUGCGGUAAAUUUGUAAUAGAGCCGGGCGAGGCUGCUGACUCUGAUGUGUGCGGUUUUCAAAGGCUUUUCAAGGACGCGACUUCAGAGCAAUAUGCAGAGAAUAACGUGAAAUCCGCAGAUUGAGUGUCAGACGAGGCAAAAACAAUUUUUUACCUCUCUCUCUUUUUUUUUAACCAAUUUCACAUUUUGCAGAAACUUGUUCUUCUCUGCAGAAUUCUCAGAAUUUGAAGCCAACAGUUUCAUGUACCAGAAAGCAUAAAGCCUUGCUUUUACGUUUAGAAAUUUCAUUUAAGAUAAAGUCGUCCUACGCAGAGGAGAAGAAUAUUUAUAACUCUCUCCGCAAGGUCUGUAUAUACUGUAAAUACCGAGGAAAAUCUAACCAUUGCUCCUUCAGUCAAAAACAGAGGCCGCGCUCUCUCCAGUACCUGUAUGUGCAGCCCCACGUGAUGGAGCGGUACCUCUUUAUGACGUAGUGAUUCCUAUGCUUCCAUUUUCAACACGAUUGCUCUGUGUCUAUGGCGUUUCUAGCAAGAUAUCUCCAUGAGAUUUGUACAUUGUUUCAUAUUGAAAAGUAUAAAAAGUAUCUUUACAUUUCUGUGUGUGUAUCCUAUGGUUAUCUGUAUGUAUUCUUUUCUAUCAUUCUAAUAAAAUUUAUAA